AUGGAAAUGAGACUGGUAGAGAAGGCUCAACAAUUAAAGUCUGAAGUGAAUCAAUCAUGGUUGGGUUCCCUUAUCAACACUAUAGUUGGAAAUUUGAAACUCUCAAUUUCAAAUAUUCAUAUCAGAUACGAGGACGGUGAAAGCAAUCCUGGUCACCCAUUUGCAGCAGGUGUAACCUUGGAGAAACUCUUAGCUGUGACAGUUGAUGACAAUGGGAAUGAGACUUUUAUUACUGGUGGUUCACUAGACCGUAUACAAAAGUCUGUUGAACUUGACCGACUUGCACUUUAUCUGGAUUCUGAUAUAACCCCAUGGCAUAUUGACAAGCCAUGGGAGGAUUUGCUUCCUCCUGAGUGGGUCCAGGUAGAACCAAUAUUUAGUUUAUUCUUGCAGUUACAUAUGUUGAGGGCAUGUUCAAACUAUGAAACUUUGAUCAUUUAUUUGCUUCAGGUUUUUAGAUAUGGCACUAAAGAAGGCAAACCUGCUGAUAGAAUUGUCAAACAGUACACUUAUAUUCUGGAACCAAUUACACGAAAUGCAAAGUAUACAAAGCUAAGGGCAAAUGAAUUGGCUAAGAGUGAUCAACCUUUGUAG